AGACAAAGAAAAAGAAGAUAUCCAUGGCGAUGGUGAUAUUUCAGAGGUGGCUGAGAGAGAUGAACAAGUUGUGCACCAAGUGCAAAGAAGCUGCAGCCUCUUUGUGUUCUUUUGGAGGGUUGACGACGAUGGAGCCUCGACUCGAAAGCCUCCUAGUAAUUAGCAUCCCACCGUUGUUGACUAACAUUCUCCUCGCUUCAUUCACCUGCAUCAUCGCAUUAGGAGGAGCUGCGGUGGGGACGGUGGUCGGAGCGAUGAAGGGUCAGACGACGGAGACGGGCUUCCUCCGUGGCUCCAUCAUCGGUGCGGUGGCAGGCGCCAUCACCUCUGUUCAACUCCUCGAGUCCAUUGCCGACGGCGAGCCAUUGUCCAAGGUGGCGUUACUGAACAGCGUGGUGAAUGGAAAGGUUUUCAUGGAAUGGGUAGGCCCAGCUGUGCUGAAAGCUUACCAGUUUCAGAUGAGAGCCAUGGAAGCUACUUACAGAGAGAUGGCUGCUGACAUCUACGACACCACUGCUGCUUCUGGCUUGCCCGAGCAUUGCAUUCAGAGUCUGCCUCAAUUCACAUUCUCAAGAAGCAGCAGCCAAUUAUUACUCUGCUGCUCGAUCUGCUUGCAGGAUGUGGAAGAAGGUGAUGUGAUGAGAAAAGUGCAGAGUUGUGGACAUUGCUUCCAUUUGGAGUGUGUUGAUAAAUGGCUGGUUAGAAAUGGCUCGUGUCCUAUGUGCAGGACGACUGACUUGUGUACUACUGAUGACAACUUUGAUCAUGAUCACUUGUAA